UAAUUUGUUCCAUUUAUGUCUUUUACAGUCCCCGUUAGACAAACUUCUCAACUUAAUCCGUCAACAUCUACAAUUUCCAAUGCCACCCGUAGACAGACAGUCCCCGUUAGACAAACUUCCCAACUUAAUCCAUCAACAUCUACAAUUUCCAAUGCCACCCGUAGACAAACAGCUUCUAUUAUUGAAACUUGGAAUUUUGGAAGACCGACAUGUGUUUGUGAAUUUUGUGGAGCUCUUCAUUGGUACGAAGAAAGAACGGAAAAGAGUAAACACCCUCAACAUCCAAAGUUUUCUACAUGUUGCAUGGAAGGGCGGCCCUUAUGUCUUUCGAAUAAAUGGACAGACCUACCACCUACUUGGUUCUUUAUGCCCUGAUAAUGGAGAAAAGCCAAAAUUUGCACAACUUUAUAUACAUGACACCAAAAAUGAGAUCUCAAAUAGAUUAGGUUUUAUCCAAGGUGAUAACCAAAAUAAUCUUCUUCAAGAGAAA